GGUAUGCGCGGAUGGGUACACCGGUGUGGGGUGGCGCGGCGCUGAGAUACAGCGGCGGCGGAAGCAGAGUUUCUUUCCGCGGCGGUAGUGAAGCAGCGAGUACCUGACUGUUCCCAGUCCGUUCCCUCCGGUGUCAGCAGGACCGCGUACCCCGCUCAAGAUGCCUGAAGAGAUUCGUAUUGACGAUGAGGUGGAAACCUUUGCCUUCCAGGCUGAGAUUGCUCAGCUUAUGUCCUUGAUCAUCAACACCUUCUAUUCCAACAAAGAAAUCUUUCUCCGUGAGCUCAUCUCCAAUGCUUCCGAUGCCCUGGACAAAAUCCGUUAUGAAAGCUUAACAGAUCCUUCAAAGUUGGAGAGUGGCAAGGACCUGAAGAUUGAAAUCAUUCCCAAUGUACAGGAACGUACGCUGACCGUCAUUGACACUGGGAUUGGCAUGACCAAGGCGGACCUGAUCAACAACCUGGGCACCAUUGCCAAGUCUGGCACAAAGGCUUUCAUGGAGGCACUGCAGGCUGGUGCUGACAUUUCCAUGAUUGGACAGUUUGGUGUUGGCUUCUACUCUGCUUACUUAGUAGCUGAGAAGGUUACAGUGCUCACCAAGAACAACGAUGAUGAGGCAUAUGCCUGGGAAUCAUCUGCUGGAGGCUCCUUCACUGUCAAAACCUAUACUGGAAAGGGUGAUGGAGGUGAUUCUAUCAGUCGCGGUACAAAGGUAAUCCUACAUCUGAAGGAGGACCAGGCUGAGUAUCUAGAAGAGAAGAGGAUCAAGGAGAUAGUGAAGAAACACUCUCAAUUCAUUGGCUACCCCAUUACUCUCUUUGUUGAGAAGGAACGGGAGAAGGAAAUCAGUGAUGAUGAGGCAGAGCCAGAGGAAAAGGCAGAAAAAGAGGAAGGAGUGGAGGAUGAAGAAGGGGAGAAGCCCAAGAUUGAAGAUGUGGGCUCAGAUGAGGAGGAAGAUGAUGAAAAGAAGGGCAAGAAGAAAACCAAGAAAAUCAAGGAGAAGUACAUUGACCAGGAGGAGCUGAACAAGACUAAGCCCAUCUGGACUCGCAAUCCUGAUGAUAUCACACAGGAGGAGUAUGGCGAGUUCUACAAGAGUCUCACCAAUGACUGGGAGGACCACCUGGCUGUGAAGCACUUCUCUGUUGAGGGGCAGCUGGAAUUCCGAGCUCUCCUGUUCCUUCCCAGACGGGCACCCUUUGAUCUCUUUGAGAACAAGAAAAAGAAGAACAACAUCAAGCUGUAUGUCCGGAGAGUCUUCAUCAUGGACAGCUGUGAGGAGCUGAUCCCUGAAUACCUCAACUUUGUGCGUGGUGUGGUGGACUCUGAGGACCUGCCCUUGAACAUCUCCCGAGAGAUGCUUCAGCAGAGCAAGAUUCUGAAGGUCAUCCGUAAGAACAUAGUCAAGAAAUGCAUGGAGUUGUUCAGUGAACUGGCAGAAGACAAGGAGAAUUACAAAAAGUUCUAUGAGCAGUUCUCCAAGAACCUCAAGCUCGGUAUCCAUGAGGACUCUCAGAAUCGCAAGAAGUUGUCAGAGCUGCUGCAUUAUCACACUUCCCAGUCUGGAGACGAACUCACAUCCUUAUCUGACUAUGUCUCCCGCAUGAAGGAGAACCAGAAGUGUAUCUACUACAUCACAGGUGAAAGCAAGGACCAGGUAGCCAAUUCAGCCUUUGUGGAGCGGGUGAGGAAGCGGGGCUUUGAAGUGGUCUACAUGACGGAGCCCAUUGACGAGUACUGUGUGCAGCAACUGAAGGAGUUUGACGGCAAGCAGUUGGUGUCCGUCACGAAGGAGGGGCUGGAGCUGCCCGAGGAUGACGAGGAGAAGAAGAAGCGAGAAGAUGACCGCACCAAGUAUGAUGGCCUCUGCAAGUUGAUGAAGGAGAUCCUGGACAAGAAGGUGGAGAAGGUGACUCUUUCCAACCGGCUGGUAUCUUCUCCCUGUUGUAUUGUGACCAGCACUUAUGGCUGGACUGCCAAUAUGGAAAGGAUCAUGAAGGCUCAGGCACUGAGGGAUAACUCCACCAUGGGCUACAUGAUGGCCAAGAAACACCUGGAAAUCAACCCUGACCACCCGAUCAUGGACACCCUGAGGCAAAAGGCUGAUGCAGACAAGAAUGACAAAGCUGUGAAGGACCUGGUGAUCCUGCUCUUUGAGACUGCACUCUUAUCCUCUGGGUUUUCACUGGAUGACCCCCAGACACAUUCCAACCGAAUCUAUCGCAUGGUCAAACUGGGACUGGGUAUUGACGACGACGAGGUUUCUGUGGAAGAGGCUGCUCCACAAGCUGUUGAAGAGAUACCACCCCUGGAGGGAGAUGAGGAUGCUUCCCGCAUGGAGGAGGUGGAUUAAUACUGCUCGCCCAUCUCCCUCGGGUGCUGACAUUGGACUAUUGUAUUUAAUUUGGUUCUGGCAGGGGAUCUGUGGUGUAUGUAUACAGUUUGCCAGUGAGUGGGCCCUUGUCAUUGUUGCUGUCCUUGUAUUUUUAUUUUGAAGAGCAUGUUUUAUUUCAGAGCUAUGUUCUGUAAAAUAAAAUUUCAACCACUGGCAAGGUGAUUCCCUCAUAACUCA